AUUUCAGUAUCUGGUAGGGUUAAAGCGAUUAAGAGCACUUUUCAAUUAGCUAAAAAUUACUACUAAGUACAGUUGUCGUUUACGGUGUCGCCGCCAUGGUUUGGGUACCUCCUGAUCUGUCACAGGCGUGUGACGUGCACACGACCAUCACCACCUGUCAGGCGUCGACGAUCGUUUUUUUACAACUAGUCGCGCAACUGUUCGGUCAUUCCAAAGAUCAGCAAAGAUCAUCAUCAGCACAAAAUACGGGAUUCGAUCAUGAUUUCGAAAGGAUUUUUAACGGGUUCGAUCAUUUCGGGAGAACGUCGUCACGUCAAGAGAAACCGGAGGAGUUUGAUUUUAUUGUUGUUGGUGCCGGCAGUGCCGGAUGUGUCGUAGCUAAUCGAUUAACCGAGAUUCAUGAUUGGAAUGUUCUCCUUCUUGAAGCCGGCGUAGAAGAACCAGAAGUAGCUGACGUACCAGCAUUCGCCCCAACCAUCUUACGUAGCAACAUCGACUGGGGCUACAGCACCCAACCGUCAGCCCACAGCUGUUUGGCGAGAACCAACGGCCAAUGUCGCUGGUACAGGGGCAAAGUGAUGGGUGGUUCGUCCACCAUCAACUACCUCAUCUACAUCAGAGGCCACCCCAAGGACUACGACGAAUGGGAGGCCAUGGGCAACCACGGCUGGUCCUACCGCGACGUGCUGCCCUACUUUAUCAAAUCCGAAAAAAAUCACAACCCGGAAAAAAUCGACACCCACUAUCACGGUUUCGACGGUUGGCAAUCGGUCGAGUAUUUCCCUUAUCAAGAUGAAAAUACUUUGGCUGUAAUUAAGGCUUACGAGGAGCUGGGGUUGCCUUAUCUAGAUCAGAACUCGGAGCAUAUGAUCGGAACUAUGUUGCUUCAGCAUACUACCGAGGAUGGUAAAAGGGCCAGCACCAAUGUGGCCUUCAUUAGACCCAUCAGGUAUAAGAGGCCUAAUUUGACUGUAAGGUCAGAGGCCCACGUGCUCAGGGUGCUCAUUGAUCCUAAAAGUAAAAAGGCUUAUGGGGUUGAGUAUGUUAAAAACGGGCAGCUGAAGACUGCUUUGGCUAGGAAAGAAGUGAUUUUAUCAGGUGGAGCUAUUAACUCUCCUGUGCUGCUUAUGCUCAGUGGCGUAGGACCGUCGCAUCAUUUAAGAGAUCACGGCAUAAAAGUCAUAAAGGAUUUGGCUGUAGGGUAUAACUUGCAAGACCACACCACUAUCGAUGGCGUGGUGAUUGCUCUGAGCAACCAUACAGCCACUACAGCAACUGAUAAGCAGCUGGAGCACGACAUUUAUUAUUAUAAAGACACUCAGAGGGGUCCACUGAGUUCUACAGGUCCACUACAAUCUAACGCUUUCGUACAAACUAAAUAUGAGGAGGAGCAUGGCAGGCCGGAUAUCCAGAUAUCCAUAGAUGCUGCUGACGUAGAGAAUUUCUUUACUGAUCCGAUAUUGACUGCUGAGACAGCGGUGCUGCCUCUGGCUUACUAUAACGGGAUGAUGGUCAGGCCCAUUUUGCUGAAUCCAGAGAGUCGCGGCCGGAUCAGACUGAACGAUUCCGAUCCGAUUUAUGGAGCACCCCUGAUCGAUGCCAACACGUUUUACGAAGAAAUCGACUUAAGGAGGAUCGUGGAGGGAGUGAAACAGUCCCUGAACGUCUUAAGAACAAAAGUGAUGCAUCAUCUUGGGGCUGCUCUGGUCACCACUCCGUUACCUGCGUGUGAACAUGUCCAGUUUGGUUCUGAUGCUUAUUGGGCCUGUAUAGCGCAGGCGUAUACUACGACUAUAUUCCAUCCAGUUGGAACGUGUAAGAUGGGGCCCAAGGAGGAUCCGAAGGCGGUCGUUUCGCCGGAAUUGAAAGUUUACGGAAUCGAGAAUUUGCGGGUGAUCGAUGCGUCGAUCAUGCCGAAAAUAGUGAGGGGAAACACGAAUGCUCCCACGAUCAUGAUCGGUGAGAAGGGAAGUGAUUUGAUUAAGAAGCAUUGGUUGGAGCAUGGGCAGCAGAGUAGUGAGGGUUUUCAGUCGGAUUUUUAUGAAUGAGUGAGGAUUUUUUUCAGUCAGUGAGGAAGUACGCUUAAUGCCUGUUUUGUGAGUCAAUUAAAUCAGAAAGUUAAUUUUUUGUUAAAUUAUAAUUUUGAUAUGCUAAUUUUGCAUGUAUUUCCCAAAUUCCGGCAUUAUUUUUAGGUUAAAGAGAUCAUAAAAACGGGUUUAUUGUUAGUGAAUAAAUGUGUGUUUUUUAUGUGAUUUUAAUAUAAAAACUAAUUUAAUGAA